GGUUAGUUUCUCCCUCUCCACUCUUAAACCCAGCCGAGUUUCCCCAAACACAAAGAAGCUCACUAUUUUUCUACAUCAACGCAAAAAACUGAAAAAAAAGUCCCUGGAUUUGAUAUCAUUUUUCCUUGUGGGGAUUUCUCACAGAGUAGAAAGAUAGCGAAUUGAUGGCGUUCAGAUUGGGAAUACAAAGAAAUUUGCAGGGAAAUGUUGAUGGGUGCCUGCAUACUGUCAGAAGAUUUACCCACGCUUUUGCACUUCCACCAUCUUUCGCCAAUUCAAUUGACCCAAUAUCAUCGCCCCCUUCAAUUCUUCCUGAAGAUGAUUCCAGUUUUUCCUGCGAAUUUCCAGAAUCUGCUAUUGGGAGCGGAUUCAUGGACCUCAUGGCUGUUCCCAAAAAGAAGAUUUCAAAAUACAAGAGAGGCCUUAGAAACGGGCCGAAGGCUUUGAAACCUACCCCUGUUAUAGUCCGAUGCAAGAGUUGUGGUCGUGUGAAGUUGCCACAUUUCUACUGUUGCAGUGGCCGUGUUGAAGAUUCUGGCGAGAGAAGCGAUGCAGUCAAUUGAUUGAGCUCUUUGCUUUAACGGAGUAGAACAUGAGUUUUCUUCCAAUUUCCUACCGUUGAUAAAGUGAAACUUGGAAUUUGCUAAAGUUGAAUGUGCACGGAUAUAUGAUCAUUGCAAUUUGCAUAUGCAUAUGCUUAUUUCCUAUAGGUAUUUAGGUAAAUUUUGAUAAUCUGGUGAAAUAUCAAAGUGCUUCGCUCUUAUUCUGGUUAUGGUCUCCGAAUUCUAUUGCUUUAUUCACAAAAUUAAGUAAUAAAAUACCGCAAUUUUGAAUA